AUGCCGCCAAAGAAGACAAAGGCCAAGUCGGCCUUCCGGUCCGACAAGGCGCAGCACUUCCAGGUCGUACACCGCUCCCAGCGCGACCCGCUCAUCAACGACCCGGAUGCCGGCCAGCACGUCCUCAAGGCCGUCAACGCCCCAAACUCCAAGGGCAAGACGCGCGCCCAGCUCGAGCAGGACGAGCGCAUCCUCUACGGCAACGACGGCAAGCCCCUCCGCACCAACGUCGGCGAGGCCGCCCUCUACGGCGUAUACUAUGACGACACCGAGUACGACUACAUGCAGCACCUCCGACCCAUCAGGGACUCGGAAAACAGCAGGAGGGGCGGCGUCGACGAGCAGGACGACACAGAGGCCAUCCUCAUCGCCGCAGCGCCAAAGAAGGCGCCGCGCCAAAAGGGCGACGGCUUCGCCCUCAAGGAAGGAGAAGACGGCGCAGCGCCGGGUCCUUCGUCUCGGCCAAGAGGCGAGCCGCAGCUCAGCCUCCCCGCCUCGGCCUUUGCGUCAAAGGAGGAGAGGCCCUUCUCCUACACGUCGCACCUCAAUGUCGAGCCAUCGCUGCAGGGAUUUCAGCCCGACAUGGACCCGCAUCUCCGGCAGGCGCUCGAGGCGCUCGACGACGAGGCCUUUGUCGACGGAGACCUCGAGGACGACUUCUUCGCCGACAUCGCCAAGGGCGGCGAGUGGGACGGCGAGGUCGACGCCCAGGCCGACGCGUGGCGCGAGCUGCCACCAGAGGGCGACGAGUCCAUCUGGAUGGACCCGGCGCAGCGGGCACAGCAGCAGCUCGAGGACGAGGGCAAGGAGUCGCUCAGCCUCGAGGCCAGAGUGGCGCUGUUCAAAAAGGCGCAGGAGAUGGAGCGUGCCCUGGCAGCGCAGCAGUCUGGCGCCAAGGCCAAGACGCGGGCCGGCAAUGCCGGGUCAGACGACGAGGCCGGCGACGACGGCGAGGACCGGGAUCAGCUGCGCAGCCUCCCGCCAGCGUCGCGAGCGGGCACCGCCUACACGGCCGGCGGCUCCGUCCUUGGCAAGAAGGGCAAGCCGGGGGCCAUGGCGAGGAGGGCGGCGAGCACCCGGGCCGGCAGCGUCGGCGGGGGCAGCACGGCGUGGAGCAUGACGAGCUCGUCGAUGUCGCGGAACAAGGGUCUGACCGACCUCGAUGACCGCUUCGACAAGGUCGGCCGCCUCUACGGCAUCCGCGAGGACUUUGACCCGUCGCUUGACAACCUCUCGGCCAUGGGGCCCGACGAGUUCGAGGAUGAGGACGACGACGAUGACGAGGGCGAGGGAGAGGAGGGGGAGGAGGUGUCGCGCGAGGACUUUGAGAACAUCAUGGACGACUUCCUGGACCGGUACGAGGUCAUCGCGGGCCGCCUCAAGGAGAACCUGGGCGCCAAGGAUGCCACGGGCGCCGAGAAGCUCGACCUGCUGCGUAAGGCCCUCGGCGCGGCGAGGAUCGACGGCAAGGACUGGGAGGGGCGGGACAAGGACGUGGGCAAGGGCACCGAAGAGUCGCUGGGGGCCUACGACGACUACGACAGCGGCGACGACGACGACGGCCAGCUCGACCUCGACAACCACCCGGCGCUGAUGCCGCGGAGCGCGCAGCGGGAAAAGUGGGACGUCGAGACGGUGCUGACGACCAAGACCAACCUGGAGAACCACCCGCGCACCAUCUCUGCGCGCGAGAGCGUCGUGGGCACCGGCCGCAACUCGGCGCUGCCCAAGAAGAUUGCCAACGGCGGCUCGGGCCGGCCGUUGGGCAGCGGGGCCACGUUGACGUCGUCGUACAGCCAGCGACCCAACGCGGCGGCCUUUCUCGACGACGACGAGCGGUUGCCAAAGAUCCGAGUCAACCCGCGCACGGGCUUCCCCGAGAUUGUCGGCUACUCGAAGCCGCGCAACAGCAAGACCAAGGCCAAGGCCAAGGCAGAGGCAGAUGCAGAGGCAGGGGCCGGUGAGGCGGCGGCGGUGGCGGCGGCCGCCGACGACGAUGUCAAGGCGGACGGACCGGACAGCGGAGACGACACUGCGGGCGAACAGGAGGGCGAUGACGACGACGACGACGGCUUCGACAGCGACGCGACCGAGGGUGCGGGCGGCCAUUACGGCGGCGGGGUGACGGUGGCGCGGGACCGGCACGAGACCAAGGAGGAGAAGAAGGCGCGCAAGGCGGCGGUCAAGGCGGCCAAGCAGUCGAGGCGGACGCAAAAGUCGCAGACGAAAAAGGUGUUUGCCCACGAGCGCAAGCUGCAGGCCAGGGCCGAGAGCGGCAGAAAGGCGGCCGAGGGCGGGCCCAGCGGCAUGCGCCUGGUCUGA